GAAUUAAUGAUAUCUGCCAAGACCCUGUAUUUUGUUAUGAUGCAAAAUUAACAAAUAUUACAAGUUUUAGAUUUUGUACCAAAAAAAUUUUCUUCUUGUGACAGUGAUCACUCCCCAUCAAGAGGAAGAGACUAGAAUGCCAGUCAGAUAUCUACAUGAAUUCCUAAAAAAAAGAAAAGUUGGGCGUUAAAGCUUAAGUACUAAUUCUUGUUUCUACAAAUACUAGAGUUACAAAUCUACUAGACAAAUCUAGAUUCUCAAUCUUUGUUUUGAGUACUAACUCCAACUGUAUACUAAUUUGAGAACCUUGUAUAUAUCUUCAGUAUAGCUAGGGUUUUUGUCUCUAUAUCCUCACAUUCAGCCCAUCCUCUUGUUAACCCUGUUCAUUUAUUCUCGCUCCUCAUCAUAUCUCUAUCACCUAUAUAUCUUACAUAUUCGUAGCAUAAUGGUUGUUGAGCUUGAGCUUUUCUCCUCAACUCAGCUUCAAAAACUGGCUCAAUCCCAAAAGCAACACCUACAGCAGCUGCUGCAACAACAACAACAACAACAAAAUUAGCACAAUUAUUGGUACUGCCACCAUUUAAUUAACCCUAGCUCCACCGAGGAUAUUGAAUGUGGAAUCCUAAGGAUGACGACGAUUCGUGGGAAAUUAGGGCUUUUGAGGAAGAUACUAGCAAUUCCAUGGGUGCGACCUGGCCACCAAGGUCCUAUACUUGCACCUUUUGUCGGAGAGAGUUCCGGUCAGCCCAAGCCCUAGGUGGCCACAUGAAUGUCCACCGUCGUGACCGAGUCAGGCUCAAUCAAACACCAUCACUUACUCCAAAUACCUCCCAUACUUUCCCCAAUGCCAAUUCUAACCUCCUAAUUCAAAAUCAAGAAUUCAUCCCAAAUGGUGGACUUUGCCUUCUUUAUUCCAUGCCUAAUAACCCUAAUGGCAUCUUCAAUCCGACAACAAUAAAAUCAAGUGUAGAUCCCUCUACUCUUCUCUCUAUGUCACCCUAUUUGACGAAUAAUUUGAUGUCUUCUUGUGCACCUCUAGCUUCAAAUGUACAUGUUAACCAGCCUCAAAGAAUCAGCCCAUCAUUUGAUACAAGUGAACCAUCAGCAUCUAAUAGUACUAGUAAUGACAAUAUUAAUCGAGAUACCAAUGGUAGCAGCAAGAGGGAUUCAGCCAUUAUUGAAGAUGAGAUUGACCUCGAGCUUAGGCUAGGAUGGAGAUCAUCAUCAUCAUCAUCAACAUGACAGGCCAAGAAAUUAUACAGUAAUUAGUUUUCUAGAAUUCUGUGAGAACUUCUUUUCGUAAUUUUUCUAAAUUUCAUGGAUUGAUUUAUUCGUUUUGUGUUAAUUGCGGUCUUGGACAAAUAAUAAUGAUGAUGAUAGGAAGGUUUUAGGGUUGGAAUCUGAGCUAAAAUCUAAAAGAGCUUUUGUGCUG